AUGGAAUACACUAUGUUCUAUUAUAAAGUAUCUAGACUGCUUCUCAAGACUGGCUUGGUUACAAGCAAAGAGGACUCAUUGGAAAAUCAGUUAGGUUUGGACAACAGUCCAAUGUCCUUGGCCAUUCUAUGCAAGCUGACCAAUGCCAGCCAAAAGACAUUGCUUCCCGGGCUGUACUUCAAUAAAAGUUUGUUGACGGUUUCUAAAAUACACUCAAAAUUCGUGCUGGGAGUCAGGAUGAUUUUGUUCAUGGAUUAUCUAAAGGAUAUGACAUUGUUAAGAUUGGAGAAUGGCCCCCUAAGUUCCACUGAGCUGGUCAUUGACUCAGGUGAUAUUAAACUAAAAAAAGGCGAGAUGGAACUGACGGUUAGUGCGGUUUGGGAGAUAACAAAGAGGCAGAACGAGACAGGUGAUAGGGUAAAGCAUGACUAUAAAGCGCUUGAAGAGGACAAGGAGUAUGUCAGCAAGGAGUUAAACAUCAACAACAAGAGACUGGACAAUAUUGACGAGAGAUUAGAAAAUCUUAGUGGGGGAAUGGAUGGCAGAGAUCUGACUAGUGUUAACAUAGAGAUUGAUAUUCAGGUCAAGUACGAGGAUAAUAGGCUGAGGAUGUCAGUGAAUUCAAAGGAGGCAGAAAUCAAAGUGAAGAAAAUAUCAAAGAUAGAAAUUUGUGAAGAUUUUUACGGAACUUUGAGCAACUUUAUUUAUGCAGAGACUACAGAGAAAGCCCCCGUAUUUUUUAGCCACAGCAAUACAAACAGAUUGUUUUCUGAAUUGAGGAAGUAUGUAAAUGAGUUUAUUGUUCCUAUAAAUAGUCUUUUAGAGUACAAGAAUAGAAAGGGCGCAGUGAUCGGCAGAAAAAAGACAUUGUAUUUAGGAAGUGGAAGCUCCAAUUUUGUAGAGAUGAAGAACGUGCUGAGCAUAUUUAAUUAA